UGCCAGGGGUCAGAUGUAAGCAUCCAGCCCGGAGACUGGCCGGUCAGACAACGUCUAGAAGAUACGGAGCUUCGUAUCUCUGCUCAAGGACCCCGUACCCCUAGCGCCAUUCCCGUUCCGCAUGGAAACAGUCUCUCUACCAGUCCACCGAAAGUAUCGCCACUAUUACCCAAAGCAAAAUACCCCAUUCGAACACUGCAUAUCCCAAUUAAUACCACACAGUCCCUUCAUCUCCCCCAACUAUGAUCGUCCACCACUCCCCGCACAACACGGCGGCCCGCAAUCUGCACAUCAUACCGCAUCCCAUCACACAUCACCUCUUACUCACAUACUGUCGUCAAUGCAUCGACCACAGCAUGCACGACGUACCCCACUACAUCCCUGCUCAUCCAGGUCUUCGGUGCCUAUCUCCGCGAUCGCCUCUUGUGACAAGGUCCCGUUUCAAGGUCCCCCCCUGUGUCUGAGAACAGUGCGUACCCCGUGCUGCGCUGGCGCUGCGCCUGUUUGAGGCCUGCGAGCGCCGUUUGAGGCCCCGAAAGCCGGAUCGAGACGUCCCGGGCCAAGCGAAGACAGUGCGGACCGGAAACGGUCGGAGUGGCUGUGAAAAGCGGUGAGGGGCGGUGAAUGAGGGGAGUCACAAAGGACGCGACUGUGAGCGUUGUGGAGGACGCGUGCGUGUAGCGAAAGAGUUGUGUUGGUGCGUCUGUGGUACGA